AUGCGCGCCUCGCGCCCGCGCCGGGCCCUGCGGGAGUGGGCGGGGGCCCUGCUCGACCCCGUCUACCUGCGGAACCGGCUCGUCUACAAUGCGCUCACGCAGCCGCCGAUGGCGCUGGAGGAGGAGGACGCCCGGGCCGGGAGCUUCCCGCUGCUGCACUGCGACAGCUGGGACCUGGGCCGGCUUCCCCAGGGCGCUGCGACGGAGCAUCCCGACCAGAAGGGCCUCUGGGCGCUGCCGGCCGCGCUCGACCGGGGCCAGUGUUCUGCGGUCGCCGCGGCGGUGGAGCGCCUCACGCGCGGGCACUCGGUGCAGGGCCAGCGCGGCGAGCCGGUGGUGCCGAGCUGCGGGGCCCACAGCGGUACAUGCGCGGAGGGUAAGAGGGACACCGAGCAGAUCCUUGCCGCCAUGCGUGACAUGAUUGCUCCUCUGUCGUCGUCGGUCGCGAGCUUGUCCAGUCAGUUGAAUCUCGGCGUCCAGGAGAUCAACCAACAGAUAUCUGGAAUCCAAGGUCAAAUGAUAGCAGCUGAGAAGAAUUUGCAGACGUUACAGCAGGCGCACACUGAAUUGGCCAAACAGACGGCCGCAAACUUCGAGCAGAUGCGUGCGAUCCAUGAACAGGCUCUUCUUCAGUGCAUUCAGGGUUCGAUUCAGGUCAAGGCCUACGAUUGCAGUAAGAAGGUGUUCCUGGACUUUGAUUCCAACCUAGAGGCCUCCACGUUCCACGGAAUGGCAUCGUCCGUGGUCACGCUCCCCUUCCCGAACCCUGAGGGCGGCCCUGACCUGCAGCUACGGGAACUGACGCUCCCGUCGGACCCUGCCCAGAAACUCGCACGGGUGAAAGAAGUUUUCGGCGCGGCUGCUGUAGAAUUUAAGAAGUCCCUUAAGCGUCGUCCAGCGGCCAGCGACGCGGAGCGGCUCCACUUUGCCUUCAUGGCAUGCCGUGGAUGGUGCCACGGCACCUCCCGCGUGCCGCCGAAGUGCGGCUUCGCGCCGAGCGCAGGGUACACGUACCCCGACGCAAUGGACAUUAUUGAGAAGAAGUUCGACUCGCCUAAAGCAGAGGUGGUGGAUUUGUACGAACAGGUCAAGGCGAUAGCUCGUGUCAAGACCUUUGACCAGCGUGGCGAGUGGGUGAACGUGUCCGAAACGUUGGCUGUCAAAGGUUUCAAGGUGGGCGUGACGGUGUACAACCGCCAGGAGGGCGAUGAGUCUGUGUAUGAGAUCAAGUCGAUUGAUGGGCAGAAUGUGAAGAUGCAGACGGGAGACGUAGAGCGCACCAUAGAUGCCGAGGACUUCAUGCGAAACAAGUUCGCAAUAUACGACAUCAAGAAAGAGGUAAUCGACCAGUUCGACCAGUUCAGCCCAUUGAAUUGCAUGGACUACCACUGGGGGGUCGAGGAAGCUCGGAUCAAGAUUGCACUCGACGAAGUCUAUUCACAACAUAGUGCUUGCCUCAUGCAUAGCACGGCGAUUCAUUCGCCAAUCAAAUAUAAAGCGGUGUCAGUGAAGAAGGAGUUCAAGAAGGACGCCAUCGGACUUGUUCCGUUGACGACAACCAUAUCGCUCAAGAAGGCGACGGAUGAGAUCAAUAUUGGCAACGUUUGCCGUAGGAAGUAUACCGACCCUGCCAAGCAUGCCGAUUCCAACGUCGCGUUGAUGGCCGCUGGCGGGCUCAGGCUCAAGCGUGAAGAGGGUGGGACUGGCAUUGGUGGUCUGAAGCGCGUGCCAGAUCAGUACGGGGUGCCUUUCUGGUUGGUCGGCGUGUGCACCGCGAAGGAGAAGCCAAACUUGGCUGUGACAUUUGUGACCGCCACGAACGGCAUUAAGGUUCCCAUCCCCAAAAACACGGUCGAGCUCAAGAGCGCGUCUGUUUCCAUGCGCACGGUGAUCGAGGGCGGCGGGCUCAAGGAGCCGCGGAUACCGCGGACUAUUGUCCAUAGCGGAGGUGUUGCGUUCACCGAGGUAUCCCUGAUGGACAGGAGGCUCUUCCAGUUCGUCGACGUCCAGAACCCAACAAACAGGAACGCCCCAUUUGCCCAAAAUCAUGUCUUCAAAGAGUUGAAGGCCCUCCGAAACGCUGCAUCGGACAUUGCGAUAUGGGAGUACAUGAAAUCGCGAGACCCAUUGCUGUCGGACCAGUCUGACCAAGACAAACUGAUCAAGGCCUACAAGAAGAACAUCGACGAGAGUGCUAUGCCAGCAUACGUUACGGUUCAGUUGCCAGAGGUUGAAUUUAAUGGUGGCGGCGUGGCCUUGAAGUGCGAGCCGGGGGUGGACCCGAAGAUCAACAGGGCGAUGGCGAAGACGACAAUGUCGAUGCUGCGGGUGAUAGCGACGCCCAGGGCUGAGACGCCAGGUGUCAAGACCUUUGGCCAGCGUGGCGAGUGGGUGAACGUGUCCGAAACUUUGGAUGUCAAAGGUUUCAAGGUGGGCGUGACGGUGUACAACCGCCAGGAGGGCGAUGAGUCUGUGUAUGAGGUCAAGUCGAUUGAUGGGCAGAAUGUGAAGAUGCAGACGGGAGACGUAGAGCGCACCAUAGAUGCCGAGGACUUCAUGCGAACCAAGCAUAUCACGGCGAUUCAUUCGCCAAUCAAAUAUAAAGCGGUGCCAGUGAAGAAGGAGUUCAUGAAGGACGCCAUCGGACUUGUUCCGUUGACGACAACCAUAUCGCUCAAGAAGGCGACGGAUGAGAUCAAUAUUGGCAACGUUUGCCUUAGGAAGUAUACCGACCCUGCCAAGCAUACCGAUUACAACGUCGCGUUGAUGGCCGCUGGCGGGCUCAGGCUCAAGCGUGAAGAGGGUGGGACUGGCAUUGGUGGUCUGAAGCGCGCGCCAGAUCAGUACGGGGUGCCUUUCUGGUUGGUCGGCGUGCGCACCGCGAAGGAGAAGCCAAACUUGGCUGUGACAUUUGUGACCGCCACGAACGGCAUUAAGGUUCCCAUCCUCAAAAACACGGUCGAGCUCAAGAGCGGCGACAGGUUGCGCAUGUCCGAGGACACAGCAAAGGCGCUUGCAAGGAAAGUUGCGUUGUCCGACGCCACGCCCGCCAAGCCCGCCAAGAAAAAAGCAAAGACGCAGUGA